CACCAAGGUGGGCCUUGCCCUCCUGCCUGGGAGCAGCUGGAGGCGGAAGCUGGGCUGCGUGUUCCGACGAGAAAAGCGGUGGUGGUGGCUAGCGGCCUUCGAGUACAUGAUCCUGGCAACCAUCAUUGCCAACUGCAUCGUGCUGGCCCUCGAGCAGCACCUCCCUGAGGAUGACAAGACACCCAUGUCCCGGAGAUUAGAGAAGACGGAGCCCUACUUCAUUGGGAUUUUCUGCUUCGAGGCUGGGAUUAAGAUCGUGGCUCUGGGGUUCGUGUUCCACAAGGGCUCGUACCUGCGCAACGGCUGGAACGUCAUGGACUUCAUUGUGGUCCUCAGCGGCAUCCUCGCCACUGCUGGGACACACUUCAACACCCACGUGGACUUGCGGACGCUGCGGGCCGUGCGCGUGCUCAGACCUCUGAAGCUCGUCUCAGGCAUUCCUAGCUUACAGAUUGUGCUGAAAUCCAUCAUGAAGGCCAUGGUGCCUCUCCUCCAGAUCGGCUUGCUGCUCUUUUUCGCUAUCCUCAUGUUUGCCAUCAUCGGCCUGGAGUUCUACAGCGGGAAGCUGCACCGAGCCUGCUACACAAACAAUUCAGGUGAACUAGAGGAGCUGGACCCCCCCCAUCCAUGUGGGGUGCAGGGUUGCCCCUCAGGUUACGAAUGCCGGGAGUGGAUCGGUCCCAACGACGGGAUCACGCAGUUCGACAACAUCCUCUUUGCUGUGUUGACCGUCUUCCAGUGCAUCACCAUGGAAGGGUGGACCACAGUCCUGUACAAUACCAAUGAUGCCUUAGGAGCCACCUGGAACUGGCUGUACUUCAUCCCCCUCAUCAUCAUUGGAUCCUUUUUCGUCCUCAACCUUGUCCUGGGAGUGCUGUCGGGGGAGUUUGCCAAAGAGCGCGAGCGAGUGGAGAACCGCCGAGCCUUCAUGAAGCUGCGACGCCAGCAGCAGAUCGAGAGGGAGCUCAAUGGAUACCGGGCCUGGAUAGACAAAGCGGAGGAAGUCAUGCUGGCUGAAGAGAACAAAAACGCUGGGACCUCAGCCUUAGAAGUGCUCAGGCGGGCCACUAUCAAAAGGAACCGGACAGACACCAUGAACCGUGACUCAAGCGAUGAGCACUGUGUUGAUAUCUCCUCCGUAGGUAACCCCUUGAGUCACUCCGGUCUCAAAGGCGCCAGAGUGGACGGCGCCUCCUACUUACGGCACAAGGAGCGACUCCUGCGCAUCUCCGUUCGUCACAUGGUGAAAUCCCAGGUCUUCUACUGGAUCGUCUUGAGCCUGGUGGCACUCAACACUGCCUGCGUGGCCAUCGUCCAUCACAACCAGCCAGCAUGGCUCACCCACUUCCUCUACUAUGCAGAGUUCCUGUUUCUUGGACUCUUCCUCCUGGAGAUGUCCUUAAAGAUGUACGGGAUGGGGCCACGCCUCUACUUCCAUUCUUCCUUCAACUGCUUUGACUGUGGGGUCACAGUGGGAAGCAUCUUUGAAGUGGUUUGGGCUAUCUUCAGACCAGGAACCUCUUUUGGGAUCAGUGUCCUACGAGCCCUUCGUCUCCUGCGAAUAUUUAAAAUAACCAAGUACUGGGCAUCCCUGAGGAAUUUGGUGGUCUCGCUGAUGAGCUCCAUGAAGUCUAUUAUCAGUCUGCUCUUCCUCCUCUUUCUCUUCAUUGUAGUCUUUGCCCUGCUGGGAAUGCAACUGUUUGGAGGCAGGUUUAACUUCAUUGAUGGCACGCCAUCGGCCAACUUCGACACUUUCCCCGCAGCCAUCAUGACAGUGUUCCAGAUCCUGACGGGCGAGGACUGGAAUGAGGUGAUGUACAAUGGCAUCCGCUCCCAGGGAGGCGUUCGCUCGGGCAUGUGGUCCUCCAUCUAUUUCAUCGUCCUGACCUUGUUUGGAAACUAUACUCUGCUGAACGUGUUCUUGGCCAUCGCAGUGGACAACCUGGCCAACGCUCAGGAGCUCACCAAGGAUGAGCAGGAGGAAGAGGAGGCCUUUAACCAGAAGCACGCCCUUCAGAAAGCCAAAGAAGUCAGCCCCAUGUCUGCCCCAAACAUGCCUGCUAUCGAAAGAGACAGGCGAAGGAGACACCACAUGUCGAUGUGGGAGCCACGCAGCAGCCACCUGCGGGAGCGUCGCCGGAGGCACCACAUGUGGGUUUGGGAGCAGCGCCCCAGCCAGCUGCGCCGGCACAUGCAGAUGUCCAGCCAGGAGGGCAUCAACAAGGAUGAGCCGCCCCUCAUCAACCCCCACGCCAGUAUCUUCCGCAGGAAGAAACCGGGGGACGGUGUCGCCCUGGAGAAAUGCGCCGAGGAACAGGGCGCACAGGAGCCUGGCCGGGGGAAGACAGGCAGCCUGACGGAGCAGGACUGCAGCAGCCCGGACACCAGUGAGCAAGCACUGCUGGAGGCCAGCCGCACUGUCAGCCGGAGCGAGCCUGACCUCUCCUCCAUCACCCCCAACACCGAGAAGGCCACGGAGAGCACCACCAUCAUGAUCGAUGUCCACGACUCCGCUGUGGUACAGAUUAGCAACAAGACAGACGGCGAAGCCAGCCCCUUAAAGGAGGCUGAGACCAAAGAGGAUGAGGAGGAGAUGGAAAAGAAGAAGCGGAAGAAGGAGAAAAGCGAGACGGGCAAAGCGAUGGUGCCGCACAGCUCCAUGUUCAUCUUCAGCACCACCAACCCGGUGCGGAGGGCUUGCCACUACAUCGUGAACCUGCGCUACUUCGAGAUGUGCAUCCUCCUGGUGAUCGCCGCCAGCAGCAUCGCCCUCGCGGCAGAGGAUCCCGUCCUCACCAAUUCCGACCGCAACAAAGUCCUGAGGUAUUUUGACUACGUCUUCACCGGCGUCUUCACCUUCGAGAUGGUUAUCAAGAUGAUUGAUCAGGGCUUGAUCCUGCAGGACGGCUCCUAUUUCCGAGACCUUUGGAACAUCCUGGAUUUCAUCGUCGUGGUGGGAGCGCUGGUGGCUUUUGCCUUGGCGAAUGCUUUGGGGACCAACAAGGGCCGGGAUAUCAAGACCAUCAAGUCUCUCCGUGUGCUCCGCGUCUUGAGGCCCCUGAAAACCAUCAAGCGACUGCCCAAGCUGAAGGCUGUCUUCGACUGCGUUGUGACAUCCCUCAAGAACGUCUUCAACAUCCUCAUCGUCUACAAGCUCUUCAUGUUCAUCUUCGCUGUCAUCGCCGUCCAGCUCUUCAAGGGGAAGUUUUUCUACUGCACUGACAGCUCUAAGGACACGGAGAAGGACUGCAUAGGGAACUAUGUGGACCACGAGAAGAACAAGAUGGAGGUGAAGUGCCGGGAGUGGAAACGCCAUGAAUUUCACUACGACAAUAUCAUCUGGGCUUUGCUCACCCUUUUCACAGUCUCCACCGGCGAGGGUUGGCCCCAGGUGCUGCAGCAUUCGGUGGAUGUGACGGAGGAGGACCGCGGGCCCAGCCGCAGCAACCGCAUGGAGAUGUCCAUUUUUUAUGUUGUCUAUUUUGUGGUCUUCCCUUUCUUCUUUGUCAACAUUUUCGUGGCCCUCAUCAUCAUUACGUUCCAAGAGCAAGGAGACAAAAUGAUGGAGGAAUGCAGUCUGGAGAAGAACGAGAGAGCCUGUAUUGACUUUGCCAUCAGUGCCAAGCCCCUCACGCGGUACAUGCCCCAGAACCGGCACACCUUUCAGUACCGGGUCUGGCACUUUGUGGUCUCCCCAUCCUUCGAGUACACCAUCAUGGCCAUGAUAGCGUUGAACACUGUGGUGCUGAUGAUGAAGUACUACUCUGCUCCGUACACCUAUGAGCUGGCCCUGAAGUACCUGAACAUCGCAUUCACCAUGGUGUUCUCCUUGGAGUGUGUCCUCAAGAUCAUUGCUUUUGGUUUCCUGAACUAUUUCCGGGACACCUGGAACAUCUUUGACUUCAUCACCGUCAUCGGCAGCAUUACGGAGAUCAUCCUGACGGACACCAAGCUGGUGAACACCAGCAGCUUCAACAUGAGCUUCCUGAAGCUUUUCCGGGCUGCUCGGCUCAUCAAGCUGCUGCGCCAGGGUUACACCAUCCGCAUCCUGCUCUGGACGUUCGUGCAGUCCUUCAAGGCUCUCCCCUACGUCUGCCUCUUGAUCGCCAUGCUUUUCUUCAUCUACGCAAUCAUUGGGAUGCAGGUUUUUGGCAACAUCAAACUAGAUGAGGAAAGCCACAUUAACCGGCACAACAACUUCCGCAGCUUCCUGGGCUCCCUUAUGCUCCUCUUCAGGAGUGCAACGGGAGAGGCAUGGCAGGAGAUCAUGCUGUCCUGCUUGGAGGGCAAAGGAUGCGAGCCGGACACAACAGCGACGUCCGGGCAGAAUGAGAACGAGCGCUGUGGCACUGACCUGGCCUACGUUUACUUCGUCUCCUUUAUCUUCUUCUGCUCUUUCCUGAUGCUCAACCUGUUCGUGGCAGUCAUCAUGGACAAUUUUGAGUACCUGACUCGGGAUUCCUCCAUCCUGGGGCCUCACCACCUAGAUGAGUUUGUCCGGAUCUGGGCAGAGUAUGACAGAGCAGCGUGUGGCCGAAUCCAUUACACUGAGAUGUAUGAAAUGCUGACUCUUAUGUCACCACCGCUAGGCCUCGGCAAGAGAUGUCCUUCCAAAGUGGCCUAUAAGAGACUGGUGCUGAUGAACAUGCCCGUGGCCGAGGACAUGACGGUCCAUUUUACCUCCACCUUGAUGGCGCUGAUACGCACGGCCUUGGACAUCAAAAUUGCCAAAGGUGGUGCAGACUGGCAGCAGUUAGACUCCGAGCUUCAAAAGGAGAUCCUGACCAUUUGGCCUCACCUGUCCCAGAAGAUGCUUGACCUGUUGGUACCCAUGCCAAAAACCUCUGACCUGACUGUUGGAAAAAUAUAUGCAGCCAUGAUGAUCAUGGAUUACUACAAGCAGAGCAAAGCGAAGAAGCAGCGGCAGCAGCUGGAGGAGCAGAAAAAUGCCCCCAUGUUCCAGCGCAUGGAGCCGUCCUCUUUGCCCCAGGAAAUAAUCUCGAAUGCGAAGGCUCUGCCUUACCUCCAGCAGGACACCCUGUCGGGCCUGAGCAGCCGAAGCGGGUUCCCUUCGCUGAGCCCGCUCUCACCACAGGAGAUCUUCCAGCUGGCGUGCAUGGAUCCGGCCCACGGGCAGUUCCAGGAGCACCAGUCUCUGGAGCCAGAGGUUAGGGAGUUUCAAAGAGUGCAGCCCUCUAACCGUGGCAGCUACCUUCCCGUGGACACUCAGGACCACGCUGUCUCUGGGAGGGCCUCCUCCAUGCCUCGUCUCACUGUGGAUCCCCAGGUGGUGACCGACACCAGCUCGAUGCGGCGGUCCUUUUCCACCAUCCGGGACAAGCGCACCAACAGCUCCUGGCUGGAUGAGUUCUCCAUGGAACGCAGCAGCGAGCGACAGCGCGACCGCUCCCGGCGGCGCAGCUUCCACUCCUCGCUCCAGCUUUCGGCCCGCCGUCUCAACGCCGACUCAGGCCACCGGUCCGAUGGGCAUCGCUCAGGCGGCAGGGAGCGGGGACGAUCCAAAGAGCGCAAGCACUUGCUGUCCCCCGAUAUCUCCCGCUGCAACUCGGAGGAGAGGAGUCCCCAGGCGCACGAUGAGUCGCCGGAGCGGCGGCGCGAGUCCCGGUCACCCAGCGAGGGCAGGUCACAGACACCCAACAGGCAGGGAACGGGCUCCCUGAGCGAAAGCUCCAUCCCCUCCAUCUCGGACACCAGCACCCCCCGGCGAGGCC